UUAAUGCCUAAUAACUCACAAAUAUAAUAUUUACGUUGUUUUAUUCGGUCUAUCGAAAUGUAAAUGCAGGGCGCCUGAUCUAUAAUAUACAAUUCGAAAGUUAUAUCGAUGUAAACACGAUCAAAGUGGAUGAUGUACAAGGAAUUAUGAGUACCGUAAUUACCAUAAGGCAGUCAAAUGGGAUCCAAAAAAGUACGGAAUUAUUCCAACAAAGGAGUCAAGAACAUAGAAAAUGCUGAUUCUAGUAAAACGUUAAAAUCACAGCAAAUGAAGAAGCAACGACAGGACAAUUAUACCAAAAUAGACAAGUCGCCAGUGACAAACCCAGACUCGUCAAACAGUUCCGUUCACAAGACAUUCCUGUUUGUUGUGUUGGCGUUGCUGGUUGCAACUACUGCUGUGAUUCUCACGAAUGAUAACUUGAAACAUUUUAUGAUUUCAGAGAUUAGUGAAGAGACUGCGGAGUUCCGUCUGCCGAUCAUUGACCUAGACAAGGCCAAGGUUGACCAGCAGGCGGUGGCAGCUCAGGUGGUCGACGCACUGGAAAACAUCGGCUUUCUCUACGUUGACAACAUCCAUGGCAUCGAUUUCGACAAAUUGAUGGAGUGCUGCAAGUGGUUCUUCGGUCAGCCAAAGGAGGUAAAAGAGUCGCUGAUGAGAAAACAUUGGAAACCGGAAAACCAGAACGUAUACCGCGGCUAUUUCCCGGUUGUGGAAGGCGAUCCCAGUCGCAAGGAGGGCUUCGAGUUUGGGCGGGACAUUGACCCUAAUGACCCUACUGUCCAGCCCGGAAACUGGUUUUAUGAGCCGUCUGUUUGGCCAAAAGAGAAUGGGUCAUUUCCAUUCAAGGAGUUGUUGCAGAACUAUUACGAGAUCUUACACAACGCCAGUCUUGAUGUUUUGCGACUAGCAGCAGUCGGCCUGGGGAUAGACGAACACUCAUUCGAUCCCAUAUUCGCUGACCGACCAGUCACAACUUUCCGUUUAAUGCAUUACCCUCCCUGGAACGACGCUCCACCGGCAAAUGCAAAGAUUGAAGACGGUAAGAUCAUCACCACGCCGGAACACUCGGACUCCAACUUCCUCACAAUGUUGUACACUUUCCACUACACGGGACUGGAGGUGUUAACGGCGGAAGGGAAGUGGAGUGCCCCGGAACCGCGACCCGGCAGUUUCGUCAUGAACAUUGGGGACGUAUUCUCCCGCAUGAUGGGCGGGAGGUUCAAGGCCACUCGCCACCGUGUACUUGAUAUUGGAGUCGACCGGUACUCCGUGCCUUUCUUUUUUGAACCGUCUUAUGACGGCGACAUUGGGGUGAAUUUCAUGUCGCUUGCUACUGGACAAGGGCCGGAACAUAAAGUGGAAAAAUACGGGCCGUGGAUGAUUCAGCAAGUGAAAUACAUAAAAAAGUACUUUGAAUACAAAGUGUUACCAGAGUUUUGAGACACUUUGUGAUACAUAGUGCAUCUUUCGUGUUCCAUGAAUAUAUUUCAAUCUUGUACUCUUAUGAAAACGUUUUUGAGUUUUGUUAUAUGGUAUGCAUUCAUCUACGAGGGGCAACUUUGAGCUUUUAUGUUUCCACUUAAUACUUGUUAUAUUACAGAAAACUAUGUCAUCUUAGUUCGAUGAAUAUAUUCCUCCCAAAAGUUCACUUUAUGAAAAGGGAUUAUUGUUUACUUAUGUCCCAUGCAUCCUCACAAACAGAUACGUAUACAAUAGUAUAAUCGUGUAUACAAUUAUUUAUUUGUAAAUGCACAUUCUAACUUUUUUAAUAUAAAUAUAUAAAACGA